GUCUGAGAACCUCCUGCGGGCCCAACUGGUACACGGGUGGCAGCAACAACAACAGCUACAUCCUGGCCCUGUUUGUCACCUGCUUCGUGAUGCCUCUCAGCCUGAUUCUCUUCUCCUACACCAACCUGCUGGUGACCCUGCGAGCGGCCGCAGCGCAGCAGCGGGAAUCGGACACGACGCAGCAGGCGGAGAGGGAGGUGACGCGCAUGGUGAUCGCGAUGGUGAUGGCCUUCCUCAUCUGCUGGCUGCCCUACACCACGUUUGCGCUGGUGGUGGCCACCAACAAAGACAUCGCCAUCCAGCCGGCUCUCGCAUCCCUGCCCUCCUACUUCUCCAAGACCGCCACGGUUUACAAUCCGGUCAUCUACGUCUUCAUGAACAAACAGUUUCAGAGCUGCCUGCUGAGAACGGUGUGCUGCGGCCACCACCCCUGGGCGACGGCAAAGACGGCUCCGGCUGCCCCCGGCCCCCGCGUCGCUGCAGACGGGCUGCGGAACAAGGUGGCACCAUCUCACCCCGUCUAA